AUGACUAAAGAUUUGGUUGUUGGUCAACAAGGUAUUACUUUAACUGAAGGUAAUGAAAUUUUGAGAUCUUCAAAGAAAGGUAAAUUGCCAAUUGUUGAUAAGGAAGGUAAUUUGGUUUCUUUGAUUUCUAGAACUGAUUUACAAAAGAAUCAAGAUUAUCCAAAUGCUUCUAAAUCUUUUGAUUCCAAACAAUUGUUGUGUGGUGCUGCCAUUGGUACCAUUGAAGCUGAUAGAGAAAGAUUGGAAAAAUUGGUUGAUGCUGGUUUGGAUGUUGUUGUUUUAGAUUCAUCCAAUGGUUCUUCUGUUUUCCAAUUGGAUAUGAUCAAAUGGAUCAAGAAAACUUUCCCAAACUUGCAAGUUAUUGCUGGUAACGUUGUUACUAGAGAACAAGCUGCUUUAUUAAUUGAAGCCGGUGCCGAUGCUUUAAGAAUUGGUAUGGGAUCUGGUUCUAUUUGUAUUACUCAAGAAGUUAUGGCAUGUGGUAGACCACAAGGUACUGCUGUUUAUGCUGUUACUGAAUUUGCCAACAAGUUUGGUGUUCCAUGUAUUGCUGAUGGUGGUAUUGGUAACAUUGGUCACAUUACUAAAGCUUUGGCUUUGGGAGCUUCAUGUGUUAUGAUGGGUGGUUUAUUAGCAGGUACUACUGAAACUCCAGGUGAUUAUUUCUACAGAGAUGGUAAGAGAUUGAAGACUUAUAGAGGUAUGGGAUCUAUUGAUGCUAUGCAACAAACUAACACCAAUGCCAAUGCUUCUACUUCUAGAUACUUUUCCGAAUCUGAUAAAGUUUUGGUUGCUCAAGGUGUUUCUGGUUCUGUUGUUGAUAAAGGUUCUAUUACUAAAUUUGUUCCAUAUUUGUACAAUGGUUUACAACAUUCUUUACAAGAUAUUGGUAUUCAAUCUAUCAAUGAAUUAAGAGAAAAAGUUGAUGGUAGUGAAGUUAGAUUUGAAUUUAGAACUGCUUCUGCUCAAUUCGAAGGUGGUGUCCACGGUUUACACUCCUACGAAAAGAGAUUACACAACUAG